UUGACUUUGAUAACUUGGACAAUCUUCAUGAUGCUACUUUUCAAAAACUUUCCAUUCUUAGUUCAUUGCACAGCGUGAAAACACAAAAAAAUUAGAUCAUAAGAACAUAUUAAAAACUGAAAUUCUAAAAAAAAAUUGUGUACUCAAUUCAUUGCAUUUGGUUGGAUUUAAUUUAAGCGAACUUUUUAAUAGCUCAUUUUUAUGUUCAAAUUAUUUGAAAAUUAUUGUUCUGGAAGGUAAUUAUUUACCUGUUCUUACAGGCAACAUUUUCAGAGGUAUUGAUGGCAUCGAAAUAAUUCUUUUUCCGGAUAAUGGCAUUCAAAUUCUGGGUCAUGAUACUUUUAGAAAUUUGACAACUGUUAAAUAUGUUGAUCUUUCGGUUAACUCGAUCAAGGUUCUUCAUACCUCUAUGUUUUCCGACAUGCAACAACUAAAGUUUCUCAAUGUGUCUCAUAACAAAAUAUCUUGUAUUUCUGCUGCAAUGUUUCAAAAUUCAAUGUUGCUGGAAUCUCUUGAUAUUAGUAACAACAGAAUAGUGGUAAUAGACUCAAACAUUUUUAGAAUAUUUUAUAACUUAAGAAGGGUAUUUUUAAACAAUAAUAAUAUUACAGUUGUAGGUGAAACACGUUCGUUAAAUGAAAACAAGAACACUUGCAUCCAUGUAUAUGGAUUAGGUAACAGCCAAGAAUUAGAUAUCAAUGUUACUGACAUUGAAUCAGCACCUCGGAGAAAACAAAGCAUUGAAGAAAUAGAUUUGUCAAACAAUGCUUUAGAAUUUUUGGACAAUUCCAUGUUUAAACAUAAUACAUUCUUAAAGAAUAUCACAGCCUCUUAUAAUUCAAUUCAUCAAAUUAAUAAUGGCACUUUUAAUAACACAAUAGAUCUAAGAAUACUACAAUUGAACGACAACGAACUAGUUGUAGUAAAUGCGAGUCUAUUAAAAAAUCUAACACGCUUAUAUUAUAUAAGGUUGGAUAGAAACCGCAUAGAAUUUAUAGAAAAAUACACAUUUCAAGACCUAAUAGCACUAGAGUAUCUCUUCCUUUCAAAUAACAGACUCAAAACUUUUGAUGCAACUUCUUUGCCCAUAUCUUUGAAAAUAAUCAAGCUGGACCAUAAUGAUAUUAUAAUAAGCACCUCAAGUGCACUUAUUUUAAAGAGUUUGGAAACAUUUAAUCUCAGUUAUAAUCCACUGAAGAAUGUAAUUGUAGACGAUUUAUUUUAUUUGCCAUCGCUUGUGUAUUUGGGUAUAGUUCAGACAAAUGUACACGAGUUCAGCACAGAUGCAUUCAAGAACUCUGCAAGGCUUGCCUUUAUGGACCUAGCAAGAAGCUGUGUCCACUCUCUCUCUGGCCGACAUUUCCACAACUUGCCACAUCUUCUCGUCUUGGAUAUGAGCAGGCCUAGAACUCACGGCUGUGCUCCGGGAACAGACAAUGUUCUGUCCUGGAAGAACAUCACCCUGAUAAACUCUUGGUUCGAACAUCCAUACCUUCAGUACCUGAUCCUCACCGGCCAUGAUAUUUGCGGGGACAUGUACUGGAACCAAGUAAUAGACAACAUCUUCUUGUCUGAAACAUGGAAACUUGUAUUUUGCUCAGAAGAAUAUGAAAUACCAAAACUUAUUUUAAGUGUAGAUGCCAAAUCGGUUAUAUUCUUUCGUACAUUUCCCAUGGAGUGAUAAUUGUGUUUGGAAGACAGUUUUUUUUCCACAUACAUUGAUCAUCGCAGCUAAGAUUUUUAGCGUUACCAUAGAUCUCUGAACUGCAAAAAGAUAUUUGUAUUUUUACAAGGAUAGUCCUUGGAAAAUUAAUUAAUAAUAUUAUAUCUUGUAAAACUUAAAGGCAGAGCUUUGUACCAUUUGUAAUUUUGCUGUUUAACAAGUGAUGCUGUUGGCAAAUGAGUCUCAGGGAUUUUCUUUGUAAAACUACAAAAAAGAAAAAUAAUAUAUCCCGUUUGCAUGCAAGUACAAAUUCUGUUAUGAAGUUAUUAAUAAAGCACUCCAAUGCUUUAGAAAUUGUAAUUAACCUGUGUUCCUGUAGACUUAGUAGGUACUUAAAAAAAAAAAAAAAAAAAAAAGGCCUAGAAACGUACGGGCCAUGGCAUACGUCAAGAAGACAUAUGAACAGUGAACAGAGGCGGAACACAGGUAAAAUACAAAGAAAUUUAGGUGUUAACACCCCAAAAGGUUGGUGGGUGUUAAGGUGGAUCGUAAUCUAUAAAAAUAUAAAUAAAACAAUUAAAUCUGGUUACUUCUAGAUUAUUUUAAUGGUUCACUUAUUUUAUUUUGAACAAGCCAGAUUUUUCAUAAUAGGUAUGGUAGUUAAUACUUUUGGUCACCACUUUAAUGACUUACAAACUAGUGACAAUAUAUAUUUUUAUCAAAAUCCACAGGUUCAGUAAACUCAAAGUUUAGUACAUUAAAUUAUAAUAGAAUUGAAUUUUAACACGCGCAGGCCGGCCGCGGAUACUUUGAUAAUUACUUUACAGAUUACAUUUAUUUUAAAGCAAGUUGCACAAACAAGGUUUCAGAGUAAUAAAAUCAAAAAUAAACAAUUUUUCAUUAUUUGGAUUGACAAGUACUUUUCAUUACUAUAUUUUAUACCUUUUUCUUUAAUUGGUAGUUGAAUAGUUCGCAAAUUGUUCGUAGAGAAUUUAAAACUUUAAGAUUUCUUACAUUGUGUCUUCCAAACAUAGACUUAGCUGCAUGCGAAGUGCUGACAUCCGAACGGCGUGACGGGGCGGAUAGCGGACUAAAGUUGACAGCACGAUGCAUGGAAUUUAGAUGGCCGAAAUCAGGAACUCAGUGCGGGUAGAUGUGGUUGUCUACCCAUCACUGGGGAUGGAAAACCCCACUGUGAAAACAAAAGUUCGCACAGCGUUAUUAAGUGGUUAUGGCCAGUGGGAAAGUUCUCGGCCACAAAGGGCUCAAGAAAACAGGAAAUCAAAAGGGUACUAAAAUCUCUACUCACCAAAUUGUGGGGUAGGUCGGUGGUACUAUCUAUCCAUGAUGGUAGACGUCCACUAGCGCGGUUGCACGCACUUAAUUCGCCAGAAAAACACUAACACUAAUAUGAUGUUUAAACUUAAAGUUGUAAGGGGAUUUUCCCCUGGUCGUCGCGACUACAUCCUAUAUUCUUUGAUGUCCGACUUCUUAGUAGGAGAGACGCGGUCGCGAUAGAAGUAGCGCGGCAGAUGUAGGAUGCUCCCUGUACCACAGUAGAUUGUCGACUCUCUCUACUUGAGAGAGUCCCUUAGUU